CCCAUCUUACUCGGCCUAUGUUCCAGGGUCACGCCCCGGCUUCGGCAACAGGCGCCGCGGCUUGGCCUGCUCGCCUUCUUUUGAGCGGGCCGCCUUCCCUUCUUCUCCGCCCCUUCUGUUGGUUGUUAGGCACGUGGUGCAAAGCGAGCACGCCGGCUGGCUGGCGAGCGCAAUUUCGCCCGAAAAGCGCCGGCUGCUGCGUCCCGACUCUGCGCGUCCGAGGCGCCCGCCUUGCGCGCCCCUGUUUCCCCUGCGCUCUCCAAUAGGGAGCGGUAGGAGCACCUUUGCAGACCUCCCUGCUUGGCGCUCCGAGAGCGGGGAAGUGAUUCCCUCCCCGGCGCCAGCGCCUCGGCAGCAGCCGCCUUCAAUUUCUCCCGCUCUUCUGGAGAUCCACCCCCGGCGGAUCUCAGCAGCCGAGGCGUCGGCGUCGGUUCUCCCUCCUUCCACCUCGCUUCGCCCGCCGGGUCUUGCGGCUGGGGCUGCCUCUCCCCAGACGCGCACGGACGCCGCGGGCGGAGGAGAGCGCGCUUAGCAGGGAUGGCAGCGGGUGCCGCGCGGGGCUGAAGCCGGAGCGGCGCCCGCCAUGGCCAAGCAGUACGACGUGCUCUUUCGCCUGCUGCUCAUCGGGGACUCGGGCGUGGGCAAGACCUGCUUGCUGUGCCGCUUCACCGACAACGAGUUCCACCCUUCGCACAUCUCCACCAUCGGUACGCCAGGGCGGGUGGGGAAGGAAGAGAAGUCGGGGGGGGGGGGAUCUGCCAGCCUGGCCUCUUCCUCCGUCUCCACCGGGAGCGGGGACAAAGGCGGAGGAGGGCCGACGAGAUUCGCCCUCGAACAAGAGGGAGCCGCGGCGACUCCUUCGUAGGGCAUCAUCGGGGGCCCGGCUGGAGGGAGAGAGACCUCGUGGGUCACAUUUGCGGCCUUGGGGGCUUCGCUGCUGGACUGGGGAGGAGGGGAGGGGUGGCUGGGUUGCAUCGCGCGUAAAGACACUGCGUCUUUGGCACGGAUUAAGAUGAGUGUACCUGCACAGUUGCCCAUAGCAAGCGCCGAGAGGGAAUCGCCCCGGGCGAUUCAGAUCUGAGGCUCCGGCUCCCUGAAGCAAAGCUGACACCCCCUUACUAAGGCAGGGAUCGCGAAAAGCGCCCCUUCUCCCCGAAAUCCCGGUCCCCCCUCCUUCAGUGCCUUUGCUUCCAGUUUACCUGUUGUUAGAUGCUGCACCAAUACCGGGCCUUGGCUCCUGCGUUGCCUGUGUUGGGAGCUAGUUUUUGUUCAAUAACCGCCCGGCUCUCCGGUCACUGUACAUGUUGCUGCUGCUGCUGCUGCUAAAUGCAGUAAUGCCAGCUCACCUCAAAGGUGAAAAUAAAUGCGACGUCAUUGUUCGAAAAUAUGAGGUAGGCAUAACACCAUGAGUCAUAUGGGGGUGGGGAGAGGAUGGAAGAGAGAAAGCCAGAGGGAAGGCAGACCCGUUUUGCUUUCCGAAAUCCCCAGUGGUGGCUAUGCUAGUCCCAGGGAAUAAAGUCGGUUCCUCAUGGGCUCUUAAAAAAACAGCCCUCUGAUAAGUCCUACGUGAGCCUAAACCCAUAACGUGGAAUAUGCCUGUCUCUUUGGAGCAUCUGCUUUUUUGUGGGUGUUAGCAGGCACAUAUGUGUGCUGAGAAUCUGGAAGCAGCUACUGUAUGAGCCCGUUCUAUUUUUAGACACAGGAGUGACUUGUGGGAGCAUGCUGGUGAGCUCAGAACAUAACACGCAAAGAUCCUUAAGAGAGACUAAACAUUGGAUGUACCCCGUUUUACUGAGUGAUGUGCAGGGCAUAUCUGAAGUGGCCAAGAGCAGACGAUAGGAUAAACUGGGGUUUUAGCUGUUUGUAGUACCAGGCCUUUAUAUUUUGCAUUUAUAUUCCACCUUUUCUCCAAUGAGCUCAAGGCAGUAGAGAUUUGUGGGUGGUUUCUUUUUGCUUUUGCAAGGAGGUUUAGUUGGUUGGGAAAGACAUUGCCUGCUCCCCCCCCCCCCCGCUCCCAUUUUAUUUAUUGGGAGUGUAGGUGUUUUGGCCAGUUGAGGGGCAGUUCUGAGCAUCACCAGUUUUUCUUCUGUGAAAUGGGUACUUUAUUGUGCAUUUGACAGUUUCUUAGAUUUCAGAAUAUUCCCUUGCGCCCCAAAAGGUUGGGGACCCCUGCCAUGACAGCUGCACCACACUAGCUCCAAUGGUUUGCCUUCACUGUUGGACGCAAUGUGCCUCUGGAUACCAGUUGCCGGAAACUGCAGGUGUGGAGAAUGCUGUUGCACCCGGGUCCUGCUUGUUGGCUUCCUAUGGUCAUCUGGUUGUCCACUGUGAAAACAGAGUGCUGGACUAAAUGGGCCUUGGCCUGAUCCAGCAGGGCUCUUCUUCUGUUAGCUCUGUUGGUCAUGAAACACAUUACAGUGGUACCUCAGGUUAAGUACUUAAUUCAUACUGGAGGUCUGUUCUUAACCUGAAACUGUUCUUAACCUGAAGCACCACUUUAGCUAAUGGGGCCUCCUGCUGCCGCUGCGCAAUUUCUGUUCUCAUCCUAAAGCAAAGUUCUUAACCUGAAGCACUAUUUCUGGGUUAGCGGAGUCUGUAACCUGAAGCGUAUGUAACCUGAGGUACCACGGUAAAUAAAAAGGGACCUUUUAAAACGUGAAUGGAGGUUCCCAGAGAAUGACCUCAGUCAGGCCCCACAGUUCUGAAAUUAGGCACAAAGCUUUCAUCUCAGAAAGUGUGACUACUAGUGUGCCUUUCAUUUUUAGAAAUGUAGCGAACGUCCAAAAAUAACUUGUAGAUCGUGCAGGAUUUUUUUGGGUGGUGGUGAGAUAAUGAAGCGUUGUCUGAAAUGUGGUAAAAGAAGGCUGUGGCUGAGCUUCCCCACCUGCCUCUGAAUUUGCCUGCUGAGGCCAAUGUGUUGAUGUUUUCCUGUAGAAACCAUUCGUUUCAACCAUUGUGCUAGGCAUGCAUAACCUAUAGCAGGGGUGGGGAACAUUUUUUUUUCAGUCCAAGGGCCACAUUCCCUUCUGGGCAACUGUCCAGGGGCCACAUGCCAGUGGGUGGGGCCAGAGGCCAAGGUGGGUGGAGCAACGAAAGCAAAUUUUACAUCUAUACAAUAAGUUAGUUUGUGCACACAUUCUCUAUCCUCCAUCCAGGCAAGCAAAAGGCAAUGCAGGUUUUCAAGGACACAUUCCAGGCAGUCAAAAGUAUUCAAGGAAAGUGUGAAGCCAGGAGGGUUAGGGGUGUGGCCUGGGGAGCGAAGGUGCCAUAUAGAAAGGUGUGAUUGGCUGCAUUUGGGCUCCGGGCCUGAAGCUCCCCAGCUAUGGCUCGAUUCCUCAGGCUUGCAUUCAGCGGCUGGCAGCUUGAGAAGAAAGCUGCUUUGGGGCAUGUCCAUAUUGACACAACUCCAUCUGAAGGAGCUCUGUAGCCCAUAUCAGAUAUAGGACUUGCAAGUAAGGCCAACAUGCAUGUGCGGGGGGGAGAGGGUUGGGCAUUAGUAUUGAAGCUAUUAAUUUCAGAUUUGAGUAUUUGGUCAGUUUGCAAGCUUAUGAUGGAAUCGAUCUGGAAAGUGAGAAGUUCCCAUUUUCCUCCAUCAUCCCAUCUGUUUGGGACUGAUGGGUGUUGAAGUUCAGUAGCGUUGGGGUGGAGGACACAGGUUUCCCAUCCCUGCCAUACACUGAAGAAUUGCAUAUUCCAGUAUUUAGCUUUCUGGCCAGUAAGUUACUUUCCUAUCAUGGUCUAUUUUAGGAAAUAGGAUGAAAUUCCCUUUGCUUCCUGUUUAAUUGCUUUUGUAGUCAGUAGUCAAGAAAAAAAUAAAUUGGGAUUUUUUAAAGAGUAAUUUCAUCAUCAUCAUCAACAUCAUCAUAAAGAGUAAUUUGUAAGAGUAAUUUAAAGAGAAAAUUUUCAGUUUGCAUUGGAAAACGUUCAUUUGCUCUAGAGAGUGGUCUAAGUUAGCAAGUUUAUAUUUCUUGUAUUUAGUAAACCAACCUAAAAUCAUUGACAAUGCCAAGCUUGCAUAAUAUUUGUUUGCAGUUGGCACCCAUCGUUACUAGCAAACUUAUGAAAAGGAAAAUUGUCCAUACAGAAAUAAAGCUCUGGUUUUCAAAAGCUUUCUUGGAACUUCUGGUGCUAAGAAAGCAAGGUUUUCUGCUUAGUCCCAUGAUUUCUUGUAAAGCAUGCUUUUCCAAAUUUCACCCAAUUCCUCACUCGUGAUAUGCAUUUGCAUCCAUAUGUUACAGAGUCUCUCCUCUCUUCUGCUUCUCCAGUUGCUUAAUAUCCUCCAAUAACUCACUGAUUCUUCCAGUAACUUAUCUGGCCAGUGUGCAGGCUUUAAGCUUUAUUACAAUUUGUAGAAUCCUGAGGGUCACCAACUGAAGCCAAGUGUAAAAUAGUGCUUCAGGAAGGCAGACACACAUUAAGAAUCAAGCACAUAUUCAGUCCAGGGCAAAAAUCCAUUCCUGGUUUCCCCACAAGGUUUCUUUGUUCAAGCCCUUUAAUUUAGUGAGGGAAGCCUUUUAGUUGUCAGGGGUCCCUUUACCUUUAUCGUCAAACAAUUGAGAAACACUUCCUGAUCUACUGCAAAACACCCAGAGGUCUACCAAGUGGAUCGUGGCCUACCUUCUGCCUAAUGCUGCUGCCGUCAAAUGUACCAUGGGAACAAUGGUAGUAAACAAAGAAUGGCCGAGCCACUUCCACUUCCAGGGUGUGCCCUAACUACCCCAUCUGUAGGCUUGUAGCAAAAUACACUACUUACAAUGGUGUUCACACAGGGAGAUUACCUCCUUUUAGCAGGGGUGGAUCCACCAGAUAUUUGUAGAAUUCCAACUCCCAUCAGUCCCAGCCAACAUGGCAAUGGUAAGGAAUAAUAGGAGUUGUAGUCCAUCAACAUCUGGAGGGCCACAGGUCCCCCACUCUGCUUUAUAGGGCUGGGGAGAGCAGGGUAUAAAUAAUUUUUAAAAAAUUAUUAUUAUUAUUAUUAUUAUUAUUAUUAUUAUUAUUGUGGUCUUCAUUCAGGUGAGUAGGCAGUGAAGACUAUCACUAGGUUGGGUUUUCAGCCCCCACUUCCCUAUUCUCCUGAGAUGGAACAUUAGGAGGGUUGCGGAAGAGUGGAGUUAACAGAAGUGCCACCUCUCUUGAAAAGCUUGUUCUUCGUGUGACCUGCUGCUUAGAUCUGCUUGAGCUUAAACCCACUCAGGUUGACCAUGGCCGGUUUUAGCCAGGUAGCUUGUAUGUAUGAAUUGCUAUGUAAUGGGAUAUGUUCCUCCUUGAGUUUAUAUUUUCUCCAGCAGUGGACCAUUUCCAAAACGGUCCUGUUCUCCCACACGGUGACGCAAGCACACAGUCCUCAUCUGCGUUAAGUUAAUGAAGUUCUCAUUGUGACCACAGAGCGAGUAGAAAAUGCCUUGCGGAGUACAAAGGAUCACUUUCAACUUGUUCCUGCUUGGUGAAUCGUGCACGAUAUGUGAGUCACCCUCAGAAAGCUACACAAUUUUCUGAGGAGAAAAUAAACUUAAUCUUGGAUCAGGGAGCUUUUUUUGUGCAGAAUGCAAGGCUUUGUUUUGCAGGAUCAGGCCAAGUGUCCAUCUAGUUCAGCAACCUGUCUCCCAACAGAAGCUAGCUGGGUUCCUGGAGGAAAUUCAUAAGCAAGGCAUGAGGGUCACCGUCCCAUUUGGUUUGCAAUCAGUUUCUGAUAAUUGGAACUAUACUGCCUCUUAACAUUUAUUUCUCAUAGUUAACAACCACUGGUAGAUGUAGGAACCUGCCUCACACUGGUCCACCUACCUUGGUCUUCCCUUCUCUACCCUGAUAGGCAGCACCUUUCCAGGCUUUCAGAUGGGGCACUUCCCUCAGCCAUGUCUGAAGAUGCCAGCGAUUGGACCUGGGGCCUUUUCCAUGCAAAGUACCUGCUCUCCCAUUGGGCCACUGCCUGUUUUGUUGCCUCUAACCUGCCCGGUCAUAGAUCUAAAAAUUGUUGUCUUAUGGAUUCACUUCUGGGUUCGAUUGCCGCAGUUAUUUAAGCUAUAGCUAACAUGAAGAAGGCCUCAUGCAAGGCUUAUAAAGCUGGUACUCUCAAUUAGCUCUACCCUGCCCUGCAAUAGAAGAGAAGUAUUGCAAGGCAGCAGGUAGGCGCUGCUUGGUUUGGGCAUAUGCAUUACUGCGGAGGUGUUUUGUCAGCCAAGCUUUAUCGCGCUGUGGCACACCACCUUGGAAAGAUGGGUUGCGUAGGAAGCUGUGUGCAGCUUUGGUGGCAUUUAUCUUGCAGUCCCCUGUGCUGCUGAAAGGUACCUGCUUCUUCAGCAGUGUGGGCAAGCGGCUACAGUAGAAACUUCAAAGAAACACACAGAGUCUUUGGUGCUUUCUGCUUUUGCUGGCUCUCCUGCAGAAAACUGGGGAGUUGGGUUGUUGUUCUUCUAUGAGGAGAAAAGGCUUCAAAAGAAUCUAGACCAGAUCACAGAUAAGUUGAAGCUGCACAGCCUACCAAGGUUAGAUCUCCAGCCUCUGACAAAAUGAAGGUGAAUUCACUAGUACUUUCCCAUGGUUCCUUUCACGGGUAUGUUCCCUACUCCAGUCAGAUUUUCUUGUCCUGUUUUUAUACUACUUUACACACACACACACACACACACACACACACACCAUGGCUGAGCAUGCAAAGGCAACAUAUAUUAGAUUGUAUAGUAAACUAUUCCUUUAUGACCCACAUUGGCCUAGACCAAAGGUAGACAGCCAGCCCCCCUCCAUAUGUUGUUGGACUCCAACUGUCAUCAGCCCCACCAAUGGCCAGACCCAGCUCUGGGAUGGAAAUAGCCUUGGUCACCCUGGUGGAUGAUGUGCUCUUGAGGAAGGAUGGAAGGAGUGCUACCCUGUUAGUAUCGAAAGCCAGGAAAGCUUUCAACCAUAGUAUCCUUCUGGGUCAACUAUUGGGUAUUGGAGUUUGUGGACACUUAAUACUUUUGUUCUUGUUGUUCCAUGAUGGAAGUUCUCGGGUGAUAAUGUUGGGCAAAUCUUGCCCUGUGCCCUAUGGCUUUCAGGGUGCCCCAGGGCUCUGUUUUGUCUUCCGUGCAUUUUAAGAGUUGCAUGAAGCUACUGGGGGAAGUCAUCCAAAGGUUGAUGACAUGGAACUCUCUCUUUCUUUUCCAUCUUCCGAUAUCAGGUUUUAGAAACUCUAAACUGGUGCCUGGAGGCAAUUCUGAGAUGGAUGAGGGUGAACAAGCAGAGGUUAAAUCCAGGCAAGAUGGAGGAGGUGCUGUGGGCUGGGAUAUUCCCCAUAUGAGGUUCCACUUCCCCUAAAAGACCCAAGUCCGCAUUGCAAAUGCUGCUGGCUUGGGUGCUGAAUAGUGAAGCCCAAGUAGUGUCGGUAGCUAGGGUAAGGUUUCAGGCAUCCCUGUUUCCCAGGGACAGUCCCCAGAUUUACAAAUCAGUCCCCUGACAAAAUCCAUCUAUUUAGUAGGAAGUUGAAAAGUGUCCUCGGAUUCAUUGAAAAAAAUCUGGUAACCUUAAGCUAGGGGUGUGUUUCAGCUGGUAUGCCAAUGGUGGCCAUUUCUGCAGAGGACAAAAUUAGCCACAGUGAUCUAUUUCCAGACUAGACGCAGAUAAGGCACUCUGCACGGGGCUGCCUUUAAAUAGUGUCUAGAAACGUCAACUGGUCCAAAAAGCAGUUGCCAUAGUUCUGAUGGGUAUACUGUUGUCAGUGUCAACAACAUCUAUAUUAUAGCAAGUAUACUGGCUUUGUAGACCCAUUUUAAAGGGCUGGUUUUAAACUUUGAAGCCCUAAAAGGUUUAGGCUGUGAGCUGUCUGGCAGUACCUGUGACAUCUUGCCCACACACUGAGACCUCAACCAGAGGCCUGCUUGGUGUGUUCACCCCGUAGUUCUGUGAGAUUGGUGAGAGCACUAGUUUGAGUUGAUUAAAAUGAGCUCUGCCUAGCUACUGACUCAGCUGCUGUAGUGUUAUGGAGUUUGUAUGAAUAUGUCAACUGCUCAAAAGUUUAAAAGAACUGUCAGCGCUGUAUGGCAAGGCCAGAGACAGGUUGGGCUGCUGGUGAGAAGGAGUUCAACAGAGAAGAGAGGAUCCAGCUCCUUAACAAUGGUGAUCUACUCUUAGAUUGUGUGUGUGUGUGUGUGUGUGAAUGUUGUUUGCAUAUUCACAUCGUGGGGUGGUUGUGCAGUAGACUGAAGAGAAGAUAGAUAUGGGGGAAGAAAUUCAAUGUAGCACCAUGGCAUUGGUUCCGUCAGUGCAAGCAUUUCAGUUCAUCAGAUGGAAUGAUUCCCCCCUCCCUUCUCCCUUUCCCCAAGCAUUCUUCUGAGGGAAUCUAUCAAGCCCCCUAAGAGCCAAUUUUUGGACGGGGGGAAGCAGUGUUGCGCUAGUGGAAGGACUUGCACAAUCUUCUCCAACGGGACUCCGUUGAAUCAAGCCCAAGGAAGAUGCUGCACGUGAGAAACACCUACAUGGAUAUUUGUGGGUCUCCAUAUAUAUGUUCUAAACAUCACAUAACCUAAUUACACUCAGCAGAAUCUACUGGGUAGGGAUGGAGUCGCCCUUGUAACUUAUCUUUUGCUUUUGUUAUUCACAGGAGUCGAUUUUAAAAUGAAAACUAUAGAAGUAGAUGGCAUUAAGGUUCGAAUACAGAUCUGGUAAGUGAUUUUAGCUAUUGCAAUGUAGAUCUUCAGACAGAGAGCUGAACUCUGGAUCUGGGAGACCAGAUGAGAGUUCCUUGGUGUGAAUACAUUGUGAGAACUUUGAUGAGUUGUCCAUUCUCAGCCUCAGUUCUUUUAUCUGUAAAAUGGGAAUGGCAAGUAACUCAGCCAGCAAGAUUGCCAUAAAGUGAACAUGCAGAGAGAGUGUAAAGCACUCUACAGAUGAAGUGCUUGGUAAAUUAUCAAAAGUAGCAGGGAAUCAAUAAGUGGUUAUUGAACACCAUCUGCAAAGAGAGGUCCAGUAGGACUGAGAGGGAGAGGCCAUUUGGGUUCCUUGGCAGUAAUGUAACAGGUUGUUAUAUACCAUCUGUGUAGGGUAGCCUUCCUGUGGUUGCCUGAAUGGGGACUGGGGUUGUUUUUUGGGGUGUGGAUUAAAGCUCCAUGCCUAAAAUGCAACAGAGGCCAUUUAAAACUAUUAUUGUUGUUAUUUCAAAAAACAUACUUCUUUUAGGUAGUGUUAAUGUUACUCCAGCACCACUGACCCAGGAAGUUUUCCACUUUAUGGUGUUGGUUUCUAAUGGAGGGGUGUGUGUGAAAUACUGGGGUGGGGGUCUUAGAUAGCAUUCAAAGAACUAAUUAAAAACAAAAAUAAGUCUUUUAAAAAUGGGACACGGAUGCUUUGUUGUAUGUCAGCAUGAAAAUGAUAUAGUAUAUCUUUUCUGGGAAGACCCUAGAUGCAAUUGCCUUCACAGGAGUAGAUUUAAAACAGCCCAGCAGGGAGCAGUCAAAUUGCAUAAACCUCCAUAGCUGAAGUGAUCCUGUGUGUUCUUGGGUCCCUGUACUGCAAGGAAAUUGCCUUGUGACAAUAUUAGUGACGAUGACCAUUUGUGGAUCAAAGAGCAAGUCGGUCAUAAGAUGAUACUGCAGAACAACAAUUAGUCAUACCUUAUGACGACUUGACUGCAGUUUAGCACAAAUCUGCUGUUUGGGCUUGUCUUCUGACGUGGCAGAAAGUCAAGGCUGCAUGUUAGGAAGUGUGUUUGGCAGCUACUUUAGCAGGGGUGAGGAGGAGGAAUUUGUGUAAUGUUGAGAACUGCUCCUGGCUAUCCCAUCGCUCACUUUGCAUAAUACAGAGGGUGAUUUGGAAUAACAGGGCCCAGUCCAUUACAUCAGCUGAGGCCAGCUACCAUUUGGCUCCUCUUCUCCCUGAACUAUUUCUGUUCCAGCUGGUCACUCUAAGAACUACUAUGUAACUCUUAAAGAACUGAUGCCCAACUUUUCUUAUUUCCCUCUUCCUUUUUCCUCUUGCAUCUUGGAUCUUAGUUUGUAAGCCUGUGGGUAGUGGCUCUUUUGUUCUUUAAUCACUUUGGAAACGAUUAGCAGAAUCCCAACAGGGCACAAGGAGACCUCAGCUUGCACAACAGGACUUCACCUUCCUCUCCUCUCCUUGCAGCCCCUUCCCCCCUGUCCCAUGCCAAAAUCUGCUCUGGAGCUUAUCCCAAUCCUCCAGUGCUGAUUUUGCAGCAGGGAGGAGAGGAUGGUGAAGUCCUGUUUCAUAAGCAGAAGUCUGUUCCACUCACUCAUGGGCAGUGCUGGAUACAACCCAGUAGCUGAUGAUAAUAAUUCCCUUGUCCAUAUGAGCGCCAACUCUGCUGCAGUCCAGAUGGAUCAUGUGGAUAAAAAUUGCAGUGUGUGGCCCUCAGUCUGUGUGUAACUUGGAGCAACUCUAAUGACGCCUGCUUUUGUUCCAGGGACACUGCAGGUCAGGAGCGAUACCAGACCAUCACGAAGCAGUACUACAGGCGAGCCCAGGUAAAACUGUUUUCUCCUAGACUAGAAGUAGUACAAAAAGCAUGGAGAGACCUGGGAAGGACUAGCUGGCUUUUGCAGGAAUUGUCCCAGCAUUGGCCUCGGUGCUAUUUCUCUGACAUCUUCAUCUGUUGCCAGAGAUGCAAGCAUAGUGUAACCAAAAUUCAUGGAGGUGACCUGACAGAGGUGGACAUUCUCUCCAUUUUUUGAUAUUGAGUGGAAUUAAACAUCGUGCUAAAAAGAUCGUCCUGCUGAAUUGAAUCUCGCCUGCCUUUCACCCAUGCACUAUUCUAGGGGUUUUCCCUACCCUCCGAAGCAGAAUUUGGGGGGGGGGGGCACAGGGAGAGGAGGGGUAGUAUUGUUGCACCAGUGGAUCUUGUUGCAGUAGCUUCUGCAAGUGCAACAACUUAGUUGAAUCCAGACCAUAAGUUCCUACUUGGAGACAGACACAGAGACACACACAAUUUUGGUGCUAAUGUUGACAAAAGGUUAGCACUGGAACACAGAAAGGGUCCCAACAUUAAACCUCAGCUAAAUUGAAAGGCAGCAAGCCAGCAGUCCUGGGCCGGGGAUGUCAGAUGGCCUCAAGCGCUGAAGACAAGCUGCAUACUUUAGGAAUUUAGUGUUACUGAUGCUAUCUUGGUGCAUAAAAUGCAGGGAUGUUGGCCCAUGAGAAAGCAAUCCAAAAAUCCACAGAUUGCAUGCAGCCUCCCCCACGCAGCCUCUGCCUGUAGGGUGGGCAGAGUGGGAGGAGGCAAGCAGACUGAUAAUGCCCCACGGGAAAGGCGCUGCCUCUCCAGUUGGCUGCAGCGAUCGAAGAUAUCUCUCCCCUCCACGCCUUUCCCGUGGGGCAGAGGCUGCGUGGGGGAGGCUGCGUGUGUGACCUGUUUUGUCUUUGCGCAGCUCUAUUUGUGUGCGGGCGGCGCAAUGUUACACAGAAGGACGCAAGGCGCGAUGUUUCACUGAUGUUAAAGGCACGGCGGGUUGGGGGGGAUAUUACUUCAAUUGCCGCGCUCCUCCUGUGUAACACUGCAUCACCCGCACACAAAUGGAGCUGCGCGAAGACACUGCACGGCAAAAACGGACUGCCUACAGCCUCCCUCCCUGCUGUAGGGCGGGCAGAGUGAGAGGAGGCAAGCAGACUACAGAGGGCCCACAGCUUGCCACUACCAGAAGCUGCAACUGCUAGAGGAAGUUAUUUAUUUAUUUAUUUAUAUAUUUAUUUGCUAUAUUCUGUGGAUAAGACAGCCCAUGUUUUUAGACCUAAAAAAUUGGGUAAAAAACCUCGUCUUAUAGAUGGAAAAAUACGGUAAAUGUUGUGCCCCCCAACUACUGCCUGUAGGUCACCUGUUGCCUGUCGCUUGAUGCCCUGAGCCAUAGUGGUGCUAGAUCUCUGAGACAUGAAGCCUAGUUUAUAAGGAGUGUUUAGUAAAACUGCAGCCAAAGAAGCCUGCUGUAUUUCUGCAGGGAAUGCAGACUGAUUAGCCAGGUCCCCAGGGGGAAAGACUGACAUAUUCAUUAAACAGUUGUCUGUUAUCUAGUAUGGUGGCAGCCUGCUCUGUAACAAUCUUGUAGGAACAACUGUCAAAACACAAAUGCUUUUGGUUUAUCGGUAGUAGUUAAAGGCCACAUCUGCCAUGAAGGUUUCACAAUGAGCUUGGCCUACACUCAGAUGCAUGCAGAAUCUAACAGGACAGAAGAAAGAAUAAUCCCCAAAUGUCUAGUUCCUCUUCUUCAACCCUCCAGCAUAAUUCCUGGGCAGAGGGUGCAUAGGGAAUGUCCUAUUAAAUUAACAAUUACACACACACACACACACACACACACACACACACCCCUACCCCUUCCCUGUAAGUAGAAGUCAUUUCACCUUUGGGUUUAUGUUGCACGUUUUUCUCCAUUCUGUUUUCUUGACCUGGUUCUCUCCCCAGGGGAUAUUCUUGGUGUACGACAUCAGCAGUGAGCGCUCAUACCAGCACAUCAUGAAAUGGGCCAGUGAUGUAGAUGAGGUAAGCAAGGAGGUCUCCCUGCUUCUUCCCCCUUUUGUUGGGGAUUGUUGGCCCCAGUGUGGGAGAAGUUGCCAUGGCAAAAUCGGAUGAACUGCUCCUGCUCAAGGCCUGUGUGUGUAUAUACAUGCACUCUCUUGUCUUGAGAAGCCUUCUUCAAACAGAGAAAUAGCACGUUUGGCUUAGGUGCUUGGUUUAUCUAGAGAUUGUAGGAUUAAAAUAGCCUUGGGAAUUCAACGGACAGUCCAGAUGUCCUUGAAAAAGGCAUAACACUUUUGGGGUGUCCUUAUUUCCUGUAAAAGGACUUUUACCUUGUGUAAGCUCUUCAGUAUUUAGCAAGUGCUAACUAGAAGAUUAUGCAGGGACUAGAAGAACAUCUAAUAAACCUUAACCGUGUUUUAAAUCUGAGCUGUAUUAUGCCAUCUCUGCUGCAACAAAAGGCUGUUCUUUAUUUUUUUUAAAUAACUAGCAUGUUGUUUUGCAUGUAAACCAUCCAGUGAAUAUUUAUUGAUAGGUGGCUACGUAUAUAAAUAUAAUAAUAAAUAAAAUACACUGCUGUUGAAUAACUGAUGGAGGCAUCUUGGAUACUGCCAGGGUGCUAACUUUGUGUCCUUGUGCACAUAUAUUCUGCCUUUACACUGUUAGGGAAUUUUUAUAGGUUACCCCUUGCCAGGUUGGUGCCCUCUAAAUGUGUUGAGACUACAACUCUCAUCAGCCUCAGCCAGUCCUGGGGCUGAUGAGAGUUGUGGUCCAGAACACCUGGAGGCACUGGGCUGGUGAAGGUGGUGCACAUUUUGACAUGGUGACUCUUAACACUCUGCCACAACUGGCACUGAAGUAAUCUGCUUUUGCAGUGAACUUAACAGGGAGAUGAACAGGUCUGGACUGAAGGAGAUGCUGUUGGGCAUGUGCGAUCAACUCUGUUGGCCCCUGGGUUUGGGGGGGGAUUUUCUAGCUGCCCUGUUUCUUUGAUUGGCUUUGGUCUAUGGAAGCCCUGUUUUCUGUAAGACCAUCCUGCGAUUCUUUUAAUUGCUUUGUUAAGAUCAGAAAUGUGUUGGGCGAUGCCAUUUUCCAGAUGUUUGUGUUGCAGUGGUGGAAGAAGCCAUUUGCUAUGAAAAUUCUCUGCCCUGUGCAACAGUUAAAAGGCAACAGGAAUGGUGCAUUUGACAAUCCCAAGUCUGAACAGUGCUGUACAGCUCGGCUUUUAACUAUGCUGCUUCUAAUCUGUGCUGAUUGGGAUGGGCUAAAGUCUCUCCCUCCUCUCCAGUAUGCCCCAGAUGGCGUCCAGAAGAUCCUCAUUGGGAAUAAAGCAGACGAGGAGGAGAAGAGGCAAGUAGGCAAAGAGCAAGGCCUCCAGGUAAACUUCUUGGGUAGCUGUUAGUUGUUCUCCUUUGAGACCUAAGCCUCACUCAUAGUAGAUGGUAUAGUAAAACUGACAGUGCCAGGUGGGUCAGACCAUCUACACUGCCUGGGCUCUCAGACAGGGCCCCCCAUAGCCCUACCUGAAGACGCCAGGGAUUGAACCUCAAACCUUCUAUAUGCAAAGCAGAUGUUCUGCUACUGAGCUGUUUCUGUUCACUCAGGCCUUGUAAAUAACGAUGUGGUCUGGGCCUCUCUGUUUCUUAAAUCUGUUUUAAUUUUGGCAGUGCAGUGAGUUCUGCUUUCAUUGUAUUUAUGUUUGUGCUUUUUAUUUAAAUGGUUUUAUGUUUUUAAUGGUUUUUGUAAUUAAUAAUUGUGAGAUGCCCAGAGAACCUUGUUAUGGUAUGGCGUACAAGUGUCCACUUGCCAGGCAGGCUGCAAUGCUAACCGAAGGCCUGGUCAAUGGCAGUCUCCAUGGCAGCUGUACUAACCACAGGCAUUUUUAUAUGGCUGUAGUGGCAGCCCCCAUAUCCUCCAUUUUCAGUGCCUUGUGGGAAACUUACUGGGCUCUGGGGAGGGCAUUAUUCAGGAACCUAUGUUUGAUUGAAGCCAACUUGUUCCACACUGUACCACUUCAAACAGCAAAGGGGGCCUCAUAUGUUUGGAUCUUGCCCCAUACACCUCCCCAACCAAAUUCCUCUAUAUAAGACAAUGGCAUUGUCAGGAACCCUUCUUGCUAUAGGAUAAUUUCUGUUGUUGUUGUUCAGAAGCACAUGCAGUUGUGUGAGACCCCCACAUAGUCUGGUAGAGUCAGGAACAGGUUGAUUGCCUCAUCCGCUGUGGGUGUGAACUAGGGCAGAGUCUGAUCUAGAAAACUAGAUGGAAGGAGCAGUUAAAUUUUGUCAACGUCCAGGAACUUGUGGAAAUGGGUUCUGGAAGCUGGUUUCCUUCUGGCAUAGACAAGCUGUUUUACAGUGUUCCCGGGUCACUGUUUAUAUUAGAGAUGGCACUGGGGUCUGGAGCUGGACUUCAUUCUACUAGUUUUUCCAGCCCUGGUUAAUCAGAGAGACACGCUAUGCUUGUAACAGUGCUCUUUUUCCCCAUUCAGAAACUUCAAAUGUUACCUAGCCUGUUUUUUAAAAUAUAAUACAAGCUUUCUUCUCAGUCUUGGAGGUGAUGAUGUGAGAAUGUUCUAGUUUCUUCAGAUCUAUCUGUACAAUCUAUUGACAAUCACUAUUAUACCUGUAUGUAAAGCUGUUGGAACUUCUGUCUUCCAGCUGGCCAAGGAGUAUGGCAUGGAUUUCUAUGAAACAAGUGCCUGCACCAACGUAAACAUCAAAGAGGUAAGAAUUCUGCAUAUGGAACUUCCAGGUGUCUGAUGCUUUGCAGCCAGUGUAUCACCUUUGCAGAGCAAGUGGAGACACAGAACAAAAGAGAGUUCAUGGUGGAAAAUCCUUGGGCUCACCUGUAGUUUUUGACCAUAGCAGCCAGUAGGCAACUCAUCUUUGGGAGAGAAAGCAAAGUUGCACUAUAUAUUGUUGCAAAUGUAACAUAUAUAUUUUAUUUAACCUCAGAAGUACUUACACUUAUGUACAGUGGUAUAUCUGGAUUCACACACACACACACCUACUGUAGCCUUUCGUGCCAUAUCCCAUAACUGUUCUGGAUGGUCUCUAAACCCUCAGGAGUGGGCUACAGUGGGCAGCAGAAUUACAAAAAUGGGGUCCAUUGGAUACGCCCCUAUGUGUGAUAAUGUUAGCAGUUAGUGUCAAAACUCAUACAUGGAUGGAGCAGGAGCCCACUGUUGAUCUCAGUGGGACAUACUUAAGCACGCACAUAACUCUCCUGCUUAAAACUGGAUUGUAAGUCGACUCUUGCAUGUAGCAAAUAAAAAUUGCCAUCAAGUGGGAAACCAAACUGAAAGUUUGAGAAGUAGUCUUUUUUUUUUAUCUACCUCAAAUGUCUAAAACAUUUAGACAUGUGCACCCAAGCACACUAGUAAAUACAUUGUGGGCUAGUAACUUGUGUAGACUUGUUUGCUGAUCUAAAGCUAUGUACUAAACCUCACUUUUUUAAAAAACAACCACCCUCAUGUCUUUCAGUCUUUCACUCGUCUGACAGAGCUGGUCCUGCAGGCCCACAAGAAGGAGCUAGACGGACUCCGCACAUAUGCGGCUGAUGAACUGAACCUGGUUGAGCUGGAGGAAGAGGCAAGCAAGCCAGAGGGCACAGAGCACUCCCCCAAGACCUGCUGGUGCUGAAAGCCUCCCAGUGCUCUUCCUUUUCUUCUGUCCCCCAGUGCAGGCAGAGAGGCUGCCACCUAGAGAGGGCUCCAUCUCUUUGGUCUCUGGUUGCCUGCCUGCCUGCCUGCCCACUCUCUGCCCUGCUGGAUCCUCUUUGGAUUUCCUGGUGUUUCUCCUUGAUUGGUGAUUUCUGUUGUUCCCCCAAACUCCCUGGAUCCAAAUCUCUCUUCGGGGGGGCUCACAAUAUGCAGAACAUCACCCCGCCACCUUUGCGGAAGAGCUGUGGUUGGCGAUCGCAGCAGCCGAGGCCUCUUCAGCAGCCUCUCAACCUCCAGGUGCUCUGCAGCCUUGCCCUUUUCCAGGGGGCAGCUGAGCCAGUUGGGUUCUGUGCCUGGGUGCAACUAGGCCUGUCCUCUGAGAACAGGGCGCUCAAGGAGGGAGGAAUGUCCCGCUUCAUUCACUCUCCUCCAGACAGACCGUUUGCUUGCACACCCUCAAUAGCAGGCCUGCUGAAGGCUUGUCCGUUUGUAUCCGCCCCCCGCCCCCCAUACAUUGCCUUGCCAUUUCAGCAUCUGCCCUAAUGCCUGCACAGCUUUGUGCAGGGUUGGGGCUUUGCGGCUGUAUUGGAUACAGUGUCUUGUACAUACCUGGCUGCCUGGAGGUUGUUGUUAAAAAAGACCUCUCACCACGGCAUCUCGCCAAAUUGGGGCUUGUUCCAAAGUGCACAGUGGCAUCUCUUGCCCUGCUAAGUGUAAGCUGCUGGGAGCAGCAAGAGUCUAGCCCUGCUGGGAAAGGGGUAGGAUGAUGGAAAUUUGGGGCUUUAAAUUCAGACUCGCCUUACCAGUUGCAAUUAAUGUUUGCUUCUUCCCAGGCCAAACUAGGCUCCCAUUUUGUAACUCCUUGGAGCCUUGUCUUGCACACCAAGCAAAAUCCUUGCCUACUAUUAUUUACUCGAAGAUUUUGUAGGGCAUCUUCGCUUGGCUCCCCUUGGGUAUCUUUGGUGGUGCAGGUACAUCAGGCACCCGCUUAGCCUAUAUCCCUGCACCAAUGGAGGCAGAGAGCCCACCCUAUCUGUGUCAACUGUGCGGAACUGGCUUUGAGAGCCCCCUUGGAAUGACUUUCCCAACUAUUCACCAAAGCGCUGAUAUGGAAACACACUGUAAUCUGUGCAUAGAGCCUUCCCUCGUUUGUUUCUUCUCACUCUUGAGAUCCAACCUGUAAGAAGUUGCUCACAACCCUUUCGUGGGCUCUUUUUAGAAGUUCCUCCACAGAAGGAAUUUCCUUGGAGGCUCAGCCUGGUAGAUUCCAGGGUAUCCAAUUUAUUUGGUUCUUUUGCCAUGUGCUGCUUAACAUGGCUUGAUCCGAGCAAACUGAAACCAGCCUGCCUGCCUGCAUGUUGUACCAGCAUCCCCCUCUCGCCUUGACAUGCUUGGCGGGGGAGGCCUAAAGACACUUGGCAGUAUGUCAUGGUAAUUCUAAUCUAUAUGCGCCUGCCUGCUCCAGAGUAGCUGCUCCCUGCGUGCCAACACCUUGGGGAGGCGAAGACUCCUUUCCAUUCCUACGUACAUGCCAGCAAUGGGCUACAUUUGCGGAUCUAGAAAGGAUGGGUGUCAAGCAGAGGCUUUCUGGGUGGGAUGGCGGUGCGUUAAGUCCUCCUGCUGCCUAGAGAGGCUGCCUUUGAUGGAGGGGGUGGGGCUUAGGCACGAUCUAUUUGAGUGAUAGAAAAUGGUUCUUAUAUCCAUGUGAUGAUCUGCCCUUCCCUAGCCAGGUCAUACCAGAGAGCAGACUGAUCUACAUUUCCCUGCUCAUUUUUCCUCUUCCUCCUCCAGUUGGUUGUUGACUUUCUCUCUCAGAGCAGAUGAAAAAUAUUUUUACCCAGUGAAGGAGAGGAAGGAUAGUAGCGGGAAUAAAGUUGGCUGCACAGUGAUGCUUGUCCUGAAAGCAAGGGUGCCUUGCAUUUCCAAAAAAGGCUCCACUCUCAAAACCACCAGUUUUAUCUCUUUCUUUGUGCUGGGUGGGUUUGAACAGGUAUCAAGCCACUGGAAACAGUGGAGUUCUACACACAGUGCCUGCUGUUGGCAGGAGCAGCUCUCCUGUAGCCACAGUCCCCUGGGAAGACCCCAGUCCCAGGGUCUGGGAAGAAAGAGGCAUGAAAAGGCUUGACCACAAGGGACCGCUUCCUGCAAGACCUAGUGUGAAGCUGGAGAUAUUGUAGACACUAAUUAGAGACACACGUAGCUGGUAGCCUGUUUAGUUUUUGAACUACAGCUCCCACCAUGCCUGACCAUAGGGCCGUGCCGGCUGUGAUGGUAUGAGGGGAGCUGGAAUCAAACAACACCUGGAGGACCAAAGCUUCCUCCCAGCCAUGGUGUAGUAGGACCCAAAUUCUGUAAGAACAGGUGAAAAUGCAAAGAAACGAGGACUUGUGCAGGUGGGGAACUAGGCAUCUUUGCCCUGAGAGAGGAGGCAUGUAGAGACUGAAGGAAAUGGAUGGGCCACAGCAAAGGAAGAGCUUUUUUGCCUCUUUUGUAAGCCCAAACUGUUGAUCUGAUUCGUUGAGGCCUUGCUGGCUUUGGUCUGCCUAGCUUGUUAGGAGGCUGGAAUGAAGACUGAGGGCUAAUCCUUGCACAGAGAGUCUACGUGGCCUGUGUUGUCUUCUCUCCCCACCCCCAGCCCCCGCUCCUGUUUUCUGACUGGAUUGCACUGCACCCAAGGUGAAUGGGCAUGCUGUGAGUGCAGAAAGCAGGUUUUAUAUGACCACUUAAACCUACAGUGUGGAAGGCCUGUGGCAGCAUGCAGAACUGCCAUGCUAAGGCAUAAAUGUGAUGAGAAACGUGGAAUAACUCACUCGGCAUCUUCUCAGUGCAACUGGGAAACAAAAAACAACAGCAGUGGCUAGCUAGCUGCCUGCAGAGAGUGGUUGUCUCAGCUGGUUCCUGGCUGUCUCUUGCACCCAGUUCUUUAAAACUCUGUUGCUAGAGCUGCCCUCAAGGUGGUCUGUCUGAAAGGAUUGAAGAGAGGGAUGUCAUUCUGUCCCUGAAAUGAGCACAGGAGGCUUCCCAGUAUCUCUGGCUCUGCAAGCUAGGAGGUCCCAAAGAAAGCCCAAAGAUGUCCCCACUGUAGCUUUUCCUUGCCUGCUGCAAUUCAGCAUCACAUCGGCGCCGCUUGCUCCACCUAGGAUCUAAGACCAUAUCCCACCAAUAUAAUAGAAGCUGGGCUGCUGAUGCUGUUAACUAUAACACACAAACUACUAGACUCCAAUGUAAUCUUCACAACACACAAGACCAGAAAGGGGAACAGGUGAGGAGCUCUUUGCCUUGCUUAUGGCAGGAGCUGGAGUCCUUAUUGUGUAGAGUCAGCAAUGGCCUCUUAACUGGGUUGAACUUGCAAACAAGUGGUUGACGAAGCCUCUGGCUCCCAACACUGAGCCAAAUGAGCCACACUAACAGUGUGCAUUCUGGGUCAUUAAGACAACUCUUUCAGUGCGAGAAAAGCUCCCUAAUCAAUGCUGAUUUUUCUCUGUGCAGAUUGGAGUAGUGCUCUCAGGAGGCCACAAAGUGCUUCUUGGUUUCAGGCCAGUGCUUGGGGAAGGGAGGAUGAGUCUGGGAAUCUAGCACUCUCCAGUAUUCUGAGGCUGCCUCCGUCCUGUUGAGUCACAGAUCAUUCUGUCUGUAGCGGAAACCGUUGCAUAUAAACUUGUCAUGGGAUCCAGCCAAACUUAGAACUUUCUGAAUCCUCUGCUGUGUCUGUAAUUUGUGGACUUUGCACUUUGACUGGGUUUCCUUGUAUGGCCUGUCAUUGUAACUCAUGAUUUUAAACAAGAAAGAUCUUUACAAAAAUAAAGAUUCUCAAAGUGGU